CCCCCACUUACAAGAAUUGCAUGAAUUACUGUUUAUUUUAAACGCAAAUGACUUUGUCCAUCAUAGCACUACUCUGUGUAAAUCCUUUCAAUUCAUUACGCAUAUACUUUUUUUUUCUGGAUUCUUUUGCCCUUCUUUCUCUUUCUCUGCUCUUUUUCCUGCACUCCAACAUUUUCGUUAUAGCCCAUUUGCUCAACCAAUUAUUUAUUGUUAGCCAACCCCCUUCCACUCUUUCACAACCAAUAGCUGUCAACCAUGUCUUUACCAACGAUUAGCUAUGGACAGCAAGAUGAGAUGCCUCAACUGAGAUCUCAAAAUGAUCAACUGUGGAAGAUCAUCGAGAAACAAAGAAUCAUGAUUCAGAAUCUUCAAAAAGAUAAUGUUCGUCUUGCAGCAGAGCGAGACGGUCUUCAAGAUAAAGUCAAUAUUUUAAAAAGAGAGCUUGUGCGGAAACAAAAAGCCUCUCUGCUUAUUUCACCACAAGCUCUGUACGAAAUGGCGGAGGCAGAUGAUAAUGCUUCCCCGUCUACUCCCACCACGGCUGCAACUCCAAGCAGCGAAACAGCAGCUUCACCUGUAGAAAUAUCCGGUGAUACUCCAACUACCGCAACGACACCAACAUCAAUAUCAUCUGCUGCAGCCGCUGUAAGUAGCCCUAUGCCUCCACCUCGUUCGCCAUAUCGUCCCUUAAUCAAGGAAAAAUCAGACGAUGCGCUGUUUUUUGACAGCAAUAAUAACAAUAAAAAAGGCAGUGGUAGUCUUUCAACAGAACAAGACUCUACUACCACCACUGCUAGUAGUGGCGCAGCUACUGAUUUUUAUAGUUUGGCCAAGAAUUCACUUGGAGAGGAAUACAUUGACAACGGCAACGUUAUGAACGGAAGGUCUUCGCCAGGGUCUCCAGCUCCUGGGCCUCAAGCGCCAUAUCCGCCGGCACAACAACAACCCUAUCAACAAUUACGUAAGGAUAGUGCACCUUUACCGUCCACAAAAAUGCCCGUAGUUGUACCUUCUCCAAAUAAAUCCACUUCGCUAGAAACGCGUAAAAAUGCUCGCCGAAGGGAUUCAAUGAUACCGUCCACGAGAGGCUUGUCACCCACGGACAAUAACAGCAUAAAUCUAGAUCAUAGCACCAAUAUUAACAAUGCAAGACUCAAUUCAGACAUUAAUACUACCCAUUUUGAUAUUAAUACCACUCAUCCUAAUACCCUUAACACAAAUCCUAACCACCUUAAUACAACUACUACAGCUAAUAUACCUACAACUAAUACAACUAAUACUAAUAGACAAUAUGAAAGCAUCCACCCAACUGCUUCACGUACUGAAAGAAGACAUAAUAACGGUAAAGACGAUGGAAACCAACAACAACCUAGAAUCGUCACCAAAAAACAACAACAAAUGGCAAUUUUGAGCAAUUUACCUUCUGUCUUUAUAAAAGUUGUUGGGUCUAAUAUAAAAGCAAAUGAAAAGGGAAAGGAAGUUAUAUCGUUUAUUAUCUCUAUCGGAUCUUAUAGAGAAAACAACGAGCAAAGUAACAAGAAUAAUCAAUAUGAUGAAAGUUGGCGAGUGGAAAAGCUUUAUUCUGAUUUUCUAGCACUUGAUUCAAAGUUGAAAGCUCAACGCAAUCGAGCUGUUUCUAACAAGAUUGGUAAAUUGCCUGACAAAGCUUUGUUUUCAAAUAAUGCGCCUACAAAAGUAGAUCAAAGAAAGAUUGCUUUAGAACAGUAUCUUCAACAUGUAUUAUCGUUACCGCUAGACGAUCCUACAGACCUACGUACUUUCCUCAGUACGGAUAUUAUUAAUACUAGAGUUUAUCAAUUUACUGGUCAGAAAGAAGGUUAUUUGACAAAGAGAGGAAAAAAUUUUGGUGGAUGGAAGACUCGCUAUUUCGUUCUUAACGAGGCAGCAUUGGAUUACUAUGAAUCUAAAGAAGGAACCCAAUUAGGCUCCAUUCGACUGACUAAUGCGCAAAUUGGGACUCAAAUGCAAGGGCCUACCUCUUCCGAUGAUUCCAACAGUGUUUACCGCCAUGCUUUUCUGAUUGUAGAACAGAAGCGGUCAGGCUCCUCUCAUAGUGUUCGCCAUAUUCUAUGCGCAAGCUCAGAUGAUGACAGAGACACUUGGGUUCACGCCUUGUUACAAAAUAUCAGUAUUGCUGAAGAUGAUGCUGCUCCGGUACAGACGAGGACUUCCACUUCAUCCUCAUCUUCAGCAACCUACAACAAGAAAAAGUCCUCGUCAGAGAAGCCCAGAAAAUUAUCCAAAGGUGAAAUAAGAGCCAUUUCCGCAACACCCAUCAGUCAUUUGAAGCUGGACCAUGUUGGCGGUAACGCUGCCGAUAUGCAAAAGUUGACAUCAGUACCUACCAUUAAUACAAAUAGCGUAGAUAAGUGUAAUAACAACAGCAACCAUCAUGAUAAACAAUAUCAACAUUAUCAUCAACAACAUAGCAAUAACCACCCACUUUUGGGCCAUAGUAAUAGCUCAGAUCCAGCCUUAAAUACUUCAGCAAAUAUUGCAAUGGCAAGCCCGUUAUCCCUCAAGAACAAUAUGACCUGGUCAUCCUCCUAUGAGACACGCAGUAGCUUCGAUCAAUCUCAUAGCAGUAAUAGCAAGAGUUUAAAUAAUUUGAAAGCACCUCGUCCUGGUAUUACUCGUCGGAGCUCAAUGGGAAAUCUUCUGAGUACCCGUGAAUACGAAGAGCAUAAGCAUCGCCGUGCAGUUUCCCCUACAGUUAUCUCUCGUAUUGAAGACCACGCAAAUCCUUAUCCUUCAUCACAAUCCAUGUCAAAACAACAACUGCUCCAAAUGCCUGAACCCAUUUCUACGGCUACUACCGUCUCGACAACAGAGAAGAAGGCUCGUAAUAAAGCUCAUCGUAUGACUUUUUGGGGAAAGAAAAUGCUAUUCAAUAAUAGUAACAGCGAUGGUAGUCUAGAUAACCAAAAUUUACAACUCCCUACCAACAAUUUGCCUCAGCCGUCUCAAUCAUCUUUAACUAUUCCAAACGCUUCUUCAUCAACGUCCAAUGUUACUCCGGGUUUACGUGGAUUUUUAUCUAGGUCGUCCCAUGAGCAGCAACAAAAUGAUCGGCAUCAACGUAACAAAAACAAUAAUGAACAAUCAUCCAAACAUGCUAAACGAGUUUUUGGUGUUCCCUUGGAGGAAGCGGUUCGUAUUUCACGUGUAACAGAGGGCUAUGAUUUACCAGCUGUUGUGUACCGUUGUAUUGAGUUCCUAGAUGCCAUGAACGCAGUACACGAGGAAGGCAUUUAUCGUCUCAGUGGCAGCAAUGCUACCUUGAAAGCACUUCGUGAACGUUUUAACCAAGAAGGCGAUGUUCCCUUAUUAAAAUACAAGCAAGAAUAUGAUAUUCACGUCGUGGCAGGCUUACUGAAAAUGUGGCUGCGUGAGUUGCCCACCAGCGUACUCACAAGAGAACACCGCAUGGAUUUUUUACAUGUGAUUGAUUUGCUUGAUCGUGAAGACAGAGUGAAUGAAUUGGGUAGAUUGGUUUCGCUACUUCCCUUGGCAAAUUAUACACUACUAAGAGCAUUGACAGCACAUUUGAUUAGAGUCGUGCAGCACUCCGAUAUCAAUAAAAUGACGAUGCGAAAUGUCAGUAUUGUUUUUUCGCCUACGUUGGGGAUUCCACCAACCAUUUUUAACUUGUUUAUCAGUGAAUUUGAUUAUAUUUUCUGGACAACCAAAAAUGGCGAUGCUGCACCUCGUAAAAUGAUGAAGGAGGAAGGCAAAGAAGAACAAGCGGUGACUGAGGAGGUAGAUGAAUCCAAAUCAGAGAAAGGACAAGUAGGAGAAGCAGUAGCGAAUUCAACGUAUCGAGUAUCACAAGAAGAGCGAACAGAUGGGAAGACGAUAAAUUAUGAUGCGUCUCAAGUUACAGUAGAACAAAUUUCGAAUGAUCCGCCGCUGCAAUCAUCCGGACCAGGUUUGGGUCGAAAAACCACUCUUCGUUUACGCGAAGAGCAUGGACGGAGUAAUAGAAAUAGCGUAACUUAUAUGGAUGGAGCGCCCGUUGCCAUAGUCGAUUUGGAGAAGCAUCAAGAUGGACCGCUUAUCCUCGGUGAAGUUGAAGAUGAAGAAAUGGAUGAUCUCAACUUGAAUGGUGAAUCAAGUUAUCCACUUCAGACUUAAAAAAAACUGUCGACUUCACCAUCAAGAUUAGCCCUUUAAAAAAGAAAUGAUAAAAGUAAAAUAAAAAAAAAAAACUCCCCUUUUCUAAGUUCUUUGAGUAUUUAUGAUGCACUGCUUCUGAUAGAAACCUUACUUGUUUACUACAAUUCCUAUGAUUACUUUUAUUGAACACAAUUAUCCAAACUGAAAUAGUAGGCAUAGGACGUAAUCGGUACUCGUCAAAUGAAAUAAAUAUAGUCUUUACCGGCUUUUAAGCAUGCAUGAAGCUGUGAAAGCUUA